AGUACAGUACAGUUCUGUACAUGGACAGACAGGCUCCAGAGAUUUAGGUUGGUGGCAUUACGCUCUAGCACCGGUCGGCAUGUCACGCACGCCCCCCCAAAGCGCUUUGUCUACAGUAUGACGAUGUCAUCAUUCUGCAGUUCCGUGUCUGUGUCUGGCGUUGCUUUGUUCUGGCUUUGCUUUGUCAGGCCGGCUGUAUUAUUCAUCGCUUCGAACCCUGCGUUUCUUUGGUUGCCUCAUUAGGGUUUUGCUCGUUCGUCUUAGUGCUGCGAAUCCAAAUAUGAGAGAAAAAGAGGCUGCGUGCUAGAGCAACGCGUGGCGCGUGGCGAUUUACCAAGCGACUCCAGUGCCUCCACUGGCGGAGAUGAUUUGGGCGGGAAUAUUGAGUGAAGGGGGUGGAAAAAGACAAAGACUGAAAAAAGGCGCUUGGAUGGCUCACAUUGUUUCGUGCGGCUCGUGCGGAUGGAUUUUGCCGCAGAACGGCUUCAUCACGGCUUCCUCACGGCUGACCAAGCUUCGAUGCCGCGAGAAAACCUUGAUGACGGCAACUCUAUCUAUGGUCUGCCAAUACAGGUCACCUGGAGUGCAGAUGAUGUGCAAAGCAACAAGAAAAGAGAAUCCAACGGUCCGAGCUGCAAGCGGUCCAACUCGCACAGACAGCCGACGGCACUUCCCGCAAUAUUAUCCAACGUGCGAGCCCACCGCACAAAGGAGGCUGUCUCGUGGCUGGCUUCAUGCUAGCCUGCUAACGCCAUUAUGCUAUCCAUCCAAAACAAUCUGCCUAACUGGCACUAAUUGCCCCUGGCAUCUGCAACAUGACUUCUGCCAUCCAGAGAUUGGCGGAAAUGCUGGCUUUUGGUGGUUUGCAUGGGGACUCACUCCAAACGUUUGCAAGACACCAUGCGCUUAUCAGUCACCCGUCGAAACGGGACGUAAUUCCUGGAUGCGCAAAACGGUCCUUGACGUCCCCCACGAAAGGCCAAGGGAAACGUGGCUGGCACACACGCCUGCCCACCCCCAGUUUUGCUGUGAAUUCCUCCACCGUACCCCAAGUCUCGCAGGAGAUGAAGGGCUUGGUUUGUCCUUGCUAAUACGAUUACUUGGCCGUACGAGCACAAAUUGUUCGCCGCUUCGAGUGUCGGUUUCGUCGUCAUAAAGGCAAUUUAGCGUGCAGCUUAUCACAACUCAGCUCCGGCCUCCUGGUCCUGGUC